CGAGCGAGCGAGAGAGAGAGAGAGCGCGAGAGGCGACGACGGGCAUCGGCAGCGCCGCAUUUCGUGGGAACACACAAUGCAUCUGAGGCUGACCGAGCGACUGGAAACUGUUUUUUACCGCGCUUUCCUAUUUUUGAUUCGCGUUUCUCUCCUGCGUUUAUUUAUUCAUUAAUUUAUUUAUUUGUGUUGCGUCUUGUCUGUCUUUUUUUUUGUCCUUCUUUUUCUUUUUACCCCCCCAUCUCCUCCCUCUUCUUCUUCGUGUUCUUUUUUUCCCUUCUUCCCAACCAGCAGCCUCUGACGCGCAAGGACACUACAGCAUCCAUCCACGGCAGGAACGCUCACACAGAGCAUCCUCUGUACAGGCGCACCAGCCGUUCUUCCUUCCUUCUUUCCUUCCUUUCUCUCUUACCUUCCUUCCUCCCACUCUCCUCCUCUCUCUUCCCCCCCUCCCCCCUCCUCCUCUCCUGUUUCUGUCGGAACCCAGAGGACAUCGGGAACCCUUGCUUAUACUUAACCCCCCUCUUCCUCUCCACCCACCCACACACCCACUUUUUUCUCUCUCUUCCCCCCUCCGGCUCCCUCUCCUCUCCAACGGAGACAUGGAUCUAUGGUUUCGCUCGGUCCGGAUUUGCUGGUGGAGGGUUUUGCUUCUGAUGAGUGUUUUCCAGGACUACCUGAGCUCCAUGCUGGACUGCCCGCCGACCUGCAGCUGCUCUCAAACAGAGAUCUAUUGCAAUAAGUCCGACAGCGGCAGGUUCUUCCCGCUGCUCGCCCUGCAAGACACCGGCAGCAACGGGACCGGCGUGGAUAUCGCGGACUUAUUCAAAAACAUCACCUCCAUACACAUAGAGAACUGGACGGGAUUGCAGACUCUGAGAGACGUCGAUAUGGAGCUGUACACCGGACUACAGAGACUGACCAUCAUGAAUUGUAAUCUGCGGGUGAUCCAGCCUCGAGCCUUCGCUCAGAACCCACACCUGCGUUACAUAAACCUGUCGAAGAAUCCGCUAACCACCCUGUCAUGGCAGCUCUUCCAGCACCUCCAACUCUCUGAGCUACGUCUGGACGGCGUGGUGUUCGACUGCGGCUGCAGCAUCCGCUGGAUCCAGCUGUGGCAGGAGAAGGGAGAGGCGGGGCUUCACACGCAGCAGCUGUACUGCAGGGUCGGAGCCUCCAAGAUACGACUGAACAACAUGCACAUCAACGGCUGUGAAUUACCGGAGAUCAGCGUGAGCCACAGCAGUGUGUUGGUGACGGAGGGCGAAAACGUGACGGUGAGCUGCAACGGAUCCAGACUGCCGCUGCCUGAAGUGGACUGGAACGUCGGUGACCUGCAUUCCAUCAACACACACCUGUCGAACGUUUACUGGCCGGACAUCCAUUCCAUCAACUUGACGCUGUUCAACAUCAGCCGAGACGACAACAAUUUCCAGCUGACCUGCAUCGCCGAGAACCUGGUGGGGAUGACCAACUCGUCGAUCCAGCUGAAUGUCCAGUUUCCACCAGUGAUCAUGAGGCUGGCUGAGCCGGAGAAACGCCAUGACACCUGCAUCGAAUUCACAGUUCGCGGUUACCCGUACCCCAAAUUGCGCUGGUUCCACAAGCAGACGGAGAUCAAGGAGAAUGACUUUAUCUGGACCGACAAGGAUACCUACCAGGACUACUUGGAGGGUUGUCUGUUGUUUAAAAACCCGACCCACCUCAAUAACGGCAACUACACUUUGGAGGCCAGCAAUCAUUUGGGAACAGUCACGAAGACGGUAUAUGGUCACUUCCUCAAAGACGAGAUAGACAUUGGCUCAGUGGAAAUAGGUGGGAUCCCUGAGGAUGAAACAGGGCGACCAGAAGAAGAUACAUUUGGGGUUACCAUCGCCGUGGGUCUGGCGGGCUUCGCUUGCGUCCUCCUCCUCGUCCUUUUUGUUCUCAUCAACAAGUACGGCCGACGCUCCAAAUUCGGUAUGAAAGGUCCCGUAGCCGUGAUCAGUGGUGAGGAAGACUCUGCCAGCCCUCUUCAUCACGUCAAUCACGGGAUCAUCACGCCGUGUACUCUGGAUGCGGGACCUGACGCGGUCGUCAUAGGAAUGACUCGCAUACCUGUGGUGGAAAAUCCCCAGUACUUUAGGCACGGACACAACUGCAACAAGCCGACCACUCUCGUGCAGCAUAUAAAGCGGAGAGACAUCAUCCUGAAGAGGGAGUUGGGUGAAGGGGCGUUCGGUAAAGUCUUCUUGGCAGAGUGUUACAACCUCAGCCCCACCAAGGACAAGAUGCUGGUGGCUGUCAAGACACUCAAAGAUCCCAACCUGUCAGCCAGGAAGGACUUCCAACGGGAAGCGGAGCUGCUCACCAACCUGCAGCACGACCACAUCGUCAAGUUCUACGGAGUGUGCGUGGACGGAGACCCGCUCAUCAUGGUGUUCGAAUACAUGAAGCAUGGAGACCUGAAUAAAUUCCUAAGAGCCCACGGCCCUGAUGCCAUGAUCCUGGUGGACGGCCAGCCGCUGCAGUCCAAUGGAGAGCUGGGCCUUUCCCAGAUGCUGCACAUCGCUACCCAGAUCGCCUCAGGCAUGGUCUACCUGGCCUCCCAGCACUUUGUUCACAGAGAUCUGGCAACUCGCAACUGUCUGGUUGGAAACGGCCUUCUGGUCAAGAUUGGAGACUUCGGCAUGUCCAGGGAUAUCUACAGCAGCGACUACUACAGGGUUGGAGGACACACCAUGCUACCUAUCCGCUGGAUGCCCCCCGAGAGCAUCAUGUACAGGAAGUUCUCUACGGAAAGUGACGUCUGGAGCUUUGGGGUCAUCCUUUGGGAGAUCUUUACCUAUGGGAAGCAGCCUUGGUUUCAGCUGGGUAACAAUGAGGUUAUCGAGUGCAUAACCCAGGGCCGGGUACUGGAGAGGCCACGGAUCUGUCCCAAGGAGGUUUACGACAUCAUGCUGGGCUGCUGGCAGAGGGAACCGCAGCAGCGACUGAACAUUAAGGACAUCCAGAAGGUCCUGUUCGCCAUGGGAAAAGCCACGCCAGUCUACCUGGAUAUCCUGGGCUAGCAGCAGCCGCUCCCCCUCACCACACUCCCUCCCUCCCCAACCAAC